GGCCACGCACAUGAUCAAAAAGAUACACAAACAUUUUCGAAGGGGGGGGGGGGCUGUCGAGCUUAAAUUUCACAGGCGGCUUUGGGCCUGCCCGCGUGUUCACACAGAACAGCGGAAAGCAGAAGGGAAAAACCCAGCUGGACGCGUUUUCUCUCUCUAAAAGUUUUUCCCUCGCUACCUAAAAAGGCCAACACGAUCUCUAUCGACAACGAGGAUUAAAUCUCCAGAACUGCUAUCUCUGUUGACAUCCGAAUAGAAAGCACGGAAUUACCAUGUCGACUCUUCCACAAGCUCUUGAGCCCCAUGGGACUUUGGCAGCAUUGGCCAACAGCGGUCCUUUGUCCAUCUUCUCGUACUGUAUGUCGUCGAUCCUGAUGACCGUGACAAACAAGUACGUGCUUAAUGGGUUCUCCUUCAACAUGAACUUUGUUCUUUUGCUCGUGCAGUCAUUGGUGUGUGUGGCUGCGAUUGCCAUUCUCAAGUUGUUUGGCGUCAUCACGUACAGACCACUGAACAAGACCGAUGCUAAGAACUGGGCUCCUAUCUCUGUUUUGCUCGUUGCCAUGAUCUACACGGGCUCCAAGGCCCUCCAGUUCUUGUCCAUCCCGGUGUACACCGUGUUCAAGAACUUGACCAUCAUCUUGAUUGCAUACGGUGAGGUGCUGUUCUUUGGUGGUAGCGUCACCCCAAUGACCUUGGGUUCCUUCUUCUUGAUGGUGUUGUCCUCUAUCGUUGCCUGUCUCGGUGACCAAAAGGCUGCUCCUGAUGCUGGUGUUUUCAGUGCUGGUUACUUCUGGAUGUUUACCAACUGCUUUGCCUCUGCCUCCUUUGUCUUGUACAUGAGAAAGAGAAUCAAAUUGACCAACUUCAAGGACUUCGACACCAUGUACUACAACAACGUGUUGUCAAUUCCGAUCCUCCUGUUGUCGUCUUUCCUCGUUGAGGACUGGUCCCAGGCCAACUUGGAGGAGAACUUUUCCAAAUCCUCCUUCAUCACAAUGGUCAUUUCCGGGUUAUCAGCAGUUGGUAUCUCCUACUGCUCCGGCUGGUGUGUUAGAGUCACAUCUUCAACAACCUAUUCCAUGGUUGGUGCUUUGAACAAGUUACCAAUCGCACUAUCCGGGUUGAUCUUCUUCGAUGCUCCAAGAAACUUCUACUCGGUCUCCUCCAUCUUCUUGGGCUUCUUUGCUGGUUUGGUUUACGCCGUCGCUAAGCAACAGCAGAAGAAGUAGAGCAGGAAACGCUAGACCUUUUGUCUCUCUUCUCCACCUGGAGUCGUUGAAUAGAUAACAUAUAUAACAGACAUAAAGAACACGGUCAACUGAUAGAAGAUUACUCCGU